UAAAAGCGCUGUGUCCGUGUAGUAAAGGACUGUCUGGUCUAAUUUAUGAAUUACUCGCGACUAAAAUUUGAAAAUUUGAAAAAGCGAACCGAUUUCCCCAAAAAUUCGUGAUUCGCGCUCUUCUCGUAUGUUAAUUCCUUAAAAAUAAAAGUCCCAUAGAAGCCGGUUCGGUUUUGUAAUUUCUAUAAUUGCUGGCCUACGCAGUUUCUCAGGGGUUAGGGCGAGAGACGGUUGCGACUCACGCCUCGGAAGGGGCGCAAUGCAUGUCCUCCAAGGGAAAACCGCAAAAAAGGAUGGAGGUCACUGGAAAAAUAAUAUCUGUAAUUCAUAGGCUCAUCGAAUUUGUAGUGAGAGGAUUAUUACUUUUAGUUGCAUAUUUGAGCGGCCCAGCGGAAUCGCAACCGCCAAUAACAGACCUCACACUUCUUCACAGUGCAACAGCAUUGGCAACCAAAAUUCGCAAUAAGCAGCUCACGUCUGAGAAGGUGGUCCAGUCUUAUAUCGAUCGGAUAAAAGAAGUUCAACCAAUAUUGAACCCUGUUAUCGAAAACCGUUUUGAGGAUGCUCUGAAGGAUGCGAGAAAAUGCGACGAAUUUUUGAAAUCUCCAGAGGCUCCCUCUGUCGAGAUUCUUGCCAAAGAGAAGCCCUUUUUCGGGGUGCCAUUUACGACAAAGGAUUGUGUCGGUAUUAAAAAUAUGAAACAAACAGCUGGUUUGGUUUCCCGCAAGGACAUCAUAUCAGAAAAAGAUGCUGAUGUAGUUAAAUUAAUGAAAAAAGCAGGAGCAAUUCCGCUUGCAACAACUAAUGUUUCGGAACUGGCCAUGUGGUGGGAGUCUAGUAAUUAUUUAUAUGGGACAUCCAGAAAUCCAUACAAUUCGAGACAUAUAGUUGGGGGCUCUUCAGGUGGAGAAGGUUGUCUACAAGGAUCGGCGGGUUCUCCAUGCGGAUUAGGUUCUGAUAUCGGAGGAUCCAUUCGAAUGCCUUGUUUUUUUAAUGGCAUUUUUGGACAUAAGCCUUCCAAAGGAAUCGUUUCAAAUGAAGGGCAAUACCCAAGUGCUCAUAAUGAAGCUCAAAAUCAGCUUCUUGGAAUUGGGCCUAUGUGCAGAUAUGCACAAGAUAUGACUCCAAUUCUAGAAGUGAUAGCCGAUGGUAACGCAGAAAAAUUAAAUUUGCGUUCUAAGGUCGACAUUUCUAAGCUGAAAUUCUACUAUAUGGAAGAUGAUGGUGGACAAUAUUUAGUAUCUCCCGUAGAUCGUGAGAUAAAAGAAUCUUUGAGAAAGGUUGUGCACUAUCUUGAAAAAGCUCACAACAUUAAAGCUACAAAAUUACAAAUUAGAAGGAUGAAAAAAAGUUUAGCCUAUUGGUUGGCGAAUAUGGCAUGCGAAGAAGGCCACGAUUUUUCCUACGAAUUGUCCAAUCGCAAUGGACAAAUUAAUGUCUGGCUCGAGUUGGUCAAGUGGACACUUUUCAUGAGCAAUCACACUUUGAUUGCUUUAUUAACUGCAGCUUUUGAGAGAUUUCAAAUUAAGAUUGGAACUGAAGAACAAACUAAACUUGUUCAGGAAAGCAGGGAACUUUAUCAAGAAUUUAGGGAUUUUCUUGGAGAGGAUGGAAUUUUUUUAUAUCCAACUCAUCCGACAGCUGCCCCCUUACAUCAUGAGCCAUUUAUAAAGCCUUUUAAUUUUUCUUAUACGGCAAUUAUAAAUGUCCUGGGAUUGCCUGCCACGGCUUGCCCACUAGGACUCAAUAAACAAGGACUUCCGAUAGGAUUACAGAUCGUCGGUGGUCUGUACCAAGAUCGCCUGACUCUAGCAGUAGCUGAGGAAUUGGAACGUGGUUUUGGAGGCUGGGUGCCUCCAGCAAUAAUUGCAUAAGUAAGCAAAAAAAAAAAAAUUAUAAUCGUU